AUGCAGUUCUUUACCUCUUUGCUGCUGAUGGCAGCAACUGCUCAAGCGCACUAUCGCUUUUCAAAGCUCGUCAUUAAUGGCCAACCCGAGGCUUCAGAGUGGAUCACCGUCCGGCAGACUAAGAACUACCAGGGUAACCAGGGGGUUACAGACGUCAACAGCGCUGACAUGCGUUGCUUCCAGAACCGCAUUGGGUCGUCGACGGCUACUGUUGCUGCUGGUGACACCCUCGGUUUUGUUGCCAUGGCGCAGAUAUCUCAUUUUGGCCCCCUUCAGUUCUACAUGGCCAAAGUUCCCGACUCGGCAGAUAUUAAUACCUGGGAGCCCUCGGGGAGUGUUUGGUUUAAGGUAGCGAAGAUAGAUGCCGUCCCGUCUGCGAAUGGAGGGGCGCUUACAUCGGACGAGAAGACAUGGCCAGCGUAUAAAAAGACCCAAGUCGACUUCCAAAUUCCAAAGAAUGUCCCAAGUGGCAAGUACCUCGUCCGCGUCGAAAGCAUUGCCCUCCACCAAGCGUCGUCAGCUGGCGGAGCUCAGAUCUACCUUUCCUGCGCCCAGGUCGAGGUUAAGGGUGGUGGAAAUGGUCAGCCGGGUCCUUUAGUCGCGUUUCCGGGAGCGUACAAGUCAGGCGAGGCGGGACUCAUUUGGAGCUACUAUCCCGUGAAGACGAGUUAUACGGCACCUGGUCCUCCAGUUUGGCAGGGGUAA